CUGUGCUUGAAGCAGUGACAUUCGGUUCUGUACCGUAGAGUCUGGGUACAAGUGUGUUACAUAGAAGAUGGCAGGGGGUCUAGCUCGGGGCAAGCUGAUAGCGGUUAUCGGGGACGAGGACACCUGCACCGGCUUUCUUCUUGGUGGAAUCGGUGAGCUGAACAAGAACCGAAAACCUAAUUUUUUGGUGGUGGAGAAGGAGACGAGCGUAACAGAGAUCGAAGAAACGUUCAGAAGUUUUCUAAAUCGUGAUGAUAUUGGGAUUAUUUUGAUCAAUCAGUUCAUUGCAGAGAUGAUCCGUCAUGCAAUUGACGCGCACACUGUCUCCAUUCCUGCAGUACUCGAGAUCCCUUCAAAAGAACAUCCGUAUGAUGCAACCAAGGACUCUAUACUGCGCAGAGCCAAGGGAAUGUUUACAGCAGAAGACUUGCGGUAACUCAGGAGACUUUUGAGCUCCUGCUGGGAUCUGCUGAGAGGCUGGAUUCCUUCUGUUGGUCAUAGCCAAUCUCCCUUUCCCAUCUGAAAUAAUGCUGCUUAUGUGUAGCAGCAAAGUCUUAAAUGUUUAUUGUGAAAUUAAAUUAGUCUCCCCUAAUUUGUGUUUCCAUGCUGUGUGUUAUUUCUGCAACUUCCCAGUUGAUUUGCUCUGCCCCCUUUCUAGUCUGUAUUAUCCUGACAUGUCUCCAUAUUGCUUUUGCUGAGAAAUAAACUAUUUAAAAUUAAGAGAAUAUUUAAAUUUAUUUAAAUGUUGAUCAUGGCUACUAUGAGGUCAGUGUUUAGCAGCUUACUUCAAAUGUGUGUACAUGUCUACACUGGCUGCUAUAAAUGCUUUUGAAUAGAGACAAGUGUGCUAUGGAACAAAACGUUUCUUUCUUAAACGCUUGUAUAUCAUUGUGGUAAAUCUGUGAAUGCAGCACACAUUAACAGUGCAAGACCAAGACGUUUCAUAUGUGUUUGCCAUGUAAUUGCAGUUGUGAUAUUUUCCCUAAUAAAAAACAAUCUAUCAUCAUAGAACUAUAAAAA